AUGUUGAAAGAAGUCAUCUAUUGUGGAGUUUGCUCAUACCCACCAGAAUACUGCGAAUUUUCAGGUAAAUUAAAACGUUGCAAAGUUUGGCUAUCUGACAACCAUGCAGACCUUUAUGCAAAACUAUAUGGUGCUGAUGAUAAUGCACAAGAGGAAGUAGAAGCCGUAACCAACAAAUUGGCCGAAUCCAGUAUUGGUGAAGCAAGAGAAGAAAAGCUGGAAAAGGACCUGUUGAAAAUUCAAAAGAAACAGGAAAACAGGGAACAGAGAGAAUUGGCCAAAAAGCUGUCAUCGAAGGUGAUCAUCAAAAGAGAAGCCAGAACCAAGAGAAAGUACAUUGUCGCUAUCUCUGGGUUAGAAGUCUUCGACAUCGACAUGAAAAAACUAGCCAAAACAUUUGCGUCUAGGUUCGCCACAGGGUGUUCUGUGUCGAAGAAUGCAGAGAAGAAAGAAGAGGUUGUCAUUCAAGGUGACGUGAUGGAUGAAGUGGAAACCUAUAUACAUUCCUUGCUGGAAGAAAAGGGCUUAAAAGACGUUAAAGUGGAAACCAUCGAUGCUAAGAAGAAGAAGAAGCCUGCUGCAGAAGGGGCUGCCAAAUAA